GCGGCCCCCGGGGGACGGGGGAGCGAACAUGGCCGGCCGUGAGACACUUUACGCGGGGUGGGAGAAGCCCCGGAGAGCCACGCUGCCGAGCGGCUGAAUUCCACACAACACGAGACUGAAUUGUUCAUCUUCAAAGACUUCGUCAUCCUGUCGGUACUGUUCGUACUGGAACCCACGAGAGAUGAUCACGGAGCUGCUGUGCACCGCCGUGGCCGUGGGUGUGUACGUGAACACGCUGGAUGCCGACUUCUGCUACGACGACAGCCGAGCCAUCAAGACCAACCAGGACCUCCUCCCAGAGACCCCGUGGACCAACAUCCUGUACGACGACUUCUGGGGUACCCUGCUCACCCACAGCGGCAGCCACAAGUCCUUCCGCCCGCUCUGCACCCUCUCAUUCCGCCUCAACUACGCCCUCCAUGGCCUGCAUCCCCGAGGUUACCACCUCCUCAAUGUGGCGCUGCACGGUUUGGUCACAACCGCAUUCACCGCCUUCAGUCGCCCCCUGCUGGGUGGAGGACUGUGGAGUCUGCUGGCCGGUCUCCUGUUCGCCACUCACCCGGUGCACACGGAGGCGGUGGCCGGCGUGGUGGGGAGGGCUGACGUGGGCGCCGCCUUGUUUUUCUUGCUGUCUAUUCUCUGCUACGCGAGGCACUGUGGGCUGCGGGCGACGCUCCAGACCCGACUAGGCUGCCGGCUGUGGAUGCUGGGAAGCCUGUGGGGGGCGACGGCGAGCAUGCUUUGGAAGGAGCAAGGAGUGACAGUGCUGGCCGUGUCGGCCGUCUACGACCUCUUUGUCUUCCACAGGCUCACGUUUCGUCAAGCGCUCCUGCUCCCGCUUGGAAAGAAGAAGAACCCGAAGCUUCUCCAGAGUUUGUGCAUUUUGGCAAGCUGGGGCGUCAUCCUGCUCUCAGCCCGUAUCUACUGGAUGGGCAACAAGCCUCCCAACUUCUCCAACUCGGACAACCCUGCUGCGGACUCCCCGCAUCUCCUCACUCGGGCGUUGACCUUCCUCCACCUGCCGGCUGCCAACGCCUGGCUGCUCCUCUGCCCGGAUAAGCUCAGUUUCGACUGGUCCAUGGACGCCGUGCCUUUAGUGAGGUCCUUGGUGGACUGGAGGAACCUUCACACGCUCAGCUUUUACGGCGCGUUCCUUCUCCUGGCUUGGUUCGCUUUCCACGGCCCUACCUCUAAAGGAAAGGAUGGGGAUUGUGUCGCCAACGGGAACGGCUACCACGCCCCUGACACGAACCACAACACUGACUUUUGCCCACCAAAGACGACUCUUAAUGGCUCAGGUGGACUUCACAUUGAUCCACCUCGGAUGUCCCUUCCUCCAACAGAAAACCUUGUGAUAUUCUCACUGGCCUUACUAUCGCUACCUUUUAUUCCAGCGUCCAACAUGUUCUUUUACGUGGGUUUCGUCAUUGCGGAGAGGGUUCUGUACAUUCCCAGUGUCGGCUUCUGUUUACUGGUGGCCACCGGUGCAAGAACUUUGUAUGUUAGACUCAAGAGAAGAGGCCACAAGGCCUUGUUGUUGGGUUUUUGUUUGGGGCUGGUGCUCCUGAAUGGGCUGAGAACCAUUGAAAGGAACAAGGAUUGGAGCAACGAGGAGAAGCUCUACAGGUCUGGAAUUAGUGUCAACCCUGCAAAAGCUUGGGGCAACUUGGGUAACGUGCUGAAGAGCCAAGGCAAGAUGGCAGAGGCCGAGAAAGCCUACAGAAACGCCCUACACUACAGGAGCAACAUGGCCGACAUGCUAUACAACCUGGGAUUGCUGCUGCAGGAGAACGAGAGGUUUUCCGAGGCCCUUCACUAUUACAAAAAGGCUAUCGGGAGUCGGCCCACGCUGGCGUCGGCCUACCUGAACACGGGCAUCAUCUUGAUGAACCGGGGCAGCCUGGAAGAGGCCAAGCGGACCUUCGUGACUUGUGCCAACAUUCCUGACGAGAACCUGAAGGACCCUCACACCCACAAGAGCUCGGUCACCAGCUGCCUGUACAACCUGGGGAAGAUGCUGCACGAGCAGGGCCAGCAGGAGGAGGCCAUUUCUGUUUACAAGGAGGCAGUGCAGAGGAUGCCCAGACAGUUUGCACCACACAGCCUCUUCAACAUGAUGGGAGAAGCCUACAUGAGGCUUAACAAGCUGGAGGAGGCAGGCCACUGGUACAAGGAGUCCCUCAGGGCCAAACCGGACCACAUCCCGGCCCACCUCACUUAUGCCAAGCUGCUGUCCAUCAUGGGUCGAACCACAGAGGCAGGAAAAUACUACCUGAGAGCCAUCGAGCUGGACCCCAUGAGGGGAAACUGCUACAUGCACUACGGGCAGUUCCUGCUGGAGCACUCGCGACUCCCCGAGGCGGCGGAGAUGGCGGAGAGAGCGGCCGAGUUGGACAGCUCAGAGUUUGACGUUGUCUUCAGUGCAGCACACAUGCUCAGACAGGCCAGUCUGAACGAGGUGGCGGAGCGGCUGUACCAGCGAGCAGCCGGCCUCAGACCAGACUACCCGGGUGCCCUCAUGAACCUCGGCGCCAUCCUGCACCUGAACGGAAAACUGUCAGAAGCCGAGAGCAACUACCUGAGAGCCUUGGAGCUCAAACCUGAUGACGCCAUCACCCGCUCUAACCUACGCAAGCUGUGGAACAUCAUGGAGAGGCAAGGCCUGGUCACCAGGAAGACGGAAGAACUUCCGUGACAACCUUUUUAGUACUGCAAAGGACGUUUGUGGUCUGCCAGAGCGUGAAUCAGCAGAUGACUCAAACCAACGUUGCUCGUUUUAUGAAGUCGUGAA